AUGAAGUUCUUCAAGGCUGCAGCCGGUGUCGUUGGUCUCCUCGUGGCUAUGACCUCCGCGGCGCCUCUCGAGCGCCGCGCAGUCAUCGCGCACGACGCCGUGGUGGGUUUCCCGGAGACCGUCCCGUCGGGCAACCUUGGUCGGAUCUACCUCAAGUACAAGCCGUACCUCAAGGUCGUCAACGGCUGUGUUCCCUACCCCGCCGUCGACGCGGAGGGCAACACUAGCGGCGGUCUCUCCCCUUCCGGCUCGCCGGAGGGCAAGUGCUCGAGCAGCACCGGACAGGUGUACGCGCGCGCCGAGGCGUACAACGGCGCGUACGCGAUCAUGUACUCUUGGUACAUGCCCAAGGAUUCGCCAUCUUCGGGCAUCGGGCAUCGCCACGACUGGGAAGGCAUCGUCGUCUGGAUCGACGACCCGAACAAGGACGAGCCCACGAUCCUCGGCGCCGCGGCGUCCGGGCACGGCAAGUUCGACGCGGAGACGGACCCGCCGCUCCAGGGCACGAACCCGCUCAUCCGGUACUACUCGACCUGGCCGAUCGACCACCAGCUCGGGUUCACGAGCGACGUCGGCGGCCAGCAGCCGCUGAUCGCGUGGGAGAGCCUGACGGACGCUGCGCGCGACGCGCUGCAGAACACCGACUUUGGGGCCGCGAACGUGCCGUUCAAGGACUCGAACUUCGAGAGCAACCUGGUCAAGGCGGAGCUGUGA